AUGCUGCAUAUACGGACUGGCCCUCCGUCCGAAUUGGGGUGCGUUCCCUCGCCCCCCCUCCUUGAUUACUCCUCUCUAACCUUGGUGGAUGCGGGACCUUGUGACGCUACAGAGAUUGCUCAUUAUUCACCAAAAUCCAUACUUCCUUGGGAUUCAGCUCAAAAGAACAAAAUUUCCCAUGACUCAUCCAAAAAAUCAAAUACCAAGCGACCUCGUAUUAACCGUCAAUUAUUGGAAGGUAGCGAUUCGCGUUUCGUUCAAAGCUUUUCAAUCUUUGAGACUGGGCUUGGAUCCGUUCCUCAAUCUGACAAAAGUUCCGUUGAACUACAAUCUCUUCCAAAAUGCUCCAACAAGCCGUCUGUACAGGCUGUGGCUCCGUCGUCGUCGUCUCCGACGGAGAUCGAAGUUGAGGAAUGCCAUAGGACUAUUGUCACUGAUGUUCGACAAUUUUACAAAUACCCACCCAUCUGCAUGCCUCCAGACCCUCCCGCAGUUCCUGAUGCUAACGCUCUUACUUUCCCACCUGUCGCAGAUUUCUCCUCAAACUUGGUGGCAUCAAAAAGUCUUACAUCUACUGUUAUUCCUUCUCGACUUUUCGAUGAAUCCUCUAUUAACGGCAGUCUUUUCUACCUUCGAAUUCCUGGAGCUCUUCUUUCAGAGGAAUCGCCCCUACUGAAGGAGGGCAAGUUCGGCAAAAUCCAAAUAUUAGAUAACGGUGAGGCGCGUUUGGUAAUCGGUGAUUGUUUCUUUCGCCUUACGAGUCCUGGUGUAACCUCUUACUCAUCGGAUGUGGUACUGGUGGAGGACGAAGGUGGAGAAGAGGACGGAGGUGUGGUUAACCUCAACUCCCUCGGUCAUAUUGACCAGUUUGUAACAGCAGUACCUGAUCUUGAGCGCUUCUCGAAGUUGGGGCGCUAG